GGUUUUUAUAAUUCAUCAAGGAUAAUUUAAUUCAAGACCCGGUCGACCUCGUUUUUGAACCAGUAAAGUUGAGGCAAAUAUUUGUGUAUCGUAUGCGGGCGAGAUCCUGCUAGCCAUUCAUUUUGCAAGUGUGUGCGUUGUUUUUUAGCCCGCUAAAGAGGGCCCUUUCAGCUCUCAGACGCCAAAUCUCUGUGUAUUUUUUUCAAUAGACGUAUGUCCCGUGAACGUACAAAUUAUAAUUUUUGUCUUUGUCAUCUUUUAUUAAGAUAGUUAGAUUAGAAGCCCUUUGGAAUAUUGCUAGGCCAGCUAGCUUGCUAGCUAACAAUCGACAACCCCGCGUGCGCCGUCAGCUUUGUGAACUUGAAUUAGCCAUUAGCUAGCUUGUUUACAUUACUUGCUCAUCUAACUUCGAGAUCAUGGCAGAGUUGUACAUUCGCGUGGGAGAGGAUGAAAACGAAGAGCCAAUGGAGAUCCCAUCUGAGGAUGAUGGUACUGUUUUGCUGUCAACAGUAGCAGCCCAGUUUCCCGGAGCGUGCGGCCUACGUUACAGGAAUCCUGCGUCUCAGUGCAUGCGAGGCGUCCGUCUAGUUGAGGGUAUCUUACAUGCACCUGAGAAUGACUGGGGUAGUCUGGUGUACGUCGUCAACUACCCAAAAGGUAAGGUGUUUUUUCGUUUAGAGGCAACGUUAGUGGGUACGUUAGCUAACUAAUUAAAUGAAGCUACUUGGUUACUGUUACCAGUAACGUUACUAGCUAUCUACCAGUACUAGCUAGCUACGUUUGACUGACUGUACAGUGUACACGGUCAUGCGAAACAAGCUAGUACUUGUAACAGUAACUAUGCAGCUUCAUUUAGUGAGUUACACAUUUAACUAAAGUUGGUGCACAAAAAGUUUAUAUUGGCCUUAGGUAACUAGACUAUUUCAGAACUAGCUAACAUUUCAAUUGCCUCGCUAGCUAUUUAGCUAGUGUGUUUAGGCUAAUGACCAAGUAUUUUGCUUGACUGCCUUUUGAUUUUGUCUUAUCACUGUAUCAUCAUGUUUUACAACAUGUUGUAUUCCUGUGUCAGAUAACAAAAGGAAGAUGGAUGAAAUGGAUGCUGUCUCUGCUGUAAAAAUGAAGAGAGGUAUCGAGAGAACUUCAGACCUCAUUAUCCUUGGGUUGCCUUGGAAAACAUCUGAGCAAGAUUUGAAAGACUACUUUGCCACGUUUGGAGAAGUCAUCAUGGUGCAGGUAACCCAACCAUAUCAACAUUUGGUUUAAUGGUUGAUGUACUUCAUGGAGGUAACCAUGCAUGUCAAUAAUCAUACUUCUCUCUCUCUGCAGGUCAAAAGAGAUGUCAAGACUGGGAACUCAAAGGGGUUUGGCUUUGUUCGGUUCACUGAGUAUGAGACUCAAUCCAAAGUGAUUUCUCAGCGGCACAUGAUUGAUGGAAGAUGGUGUGACUGCAAACUACCAAACUCUAAGGUAUUUAAGCAAUAUGUAAGGAGUACUCGCUUAUUUGAAGCCUUUCCUCUAAAGUCUCCAUUUUGAUCUAUCCCCAGUGCAAGUAAAAUACUCAAAGCGCUUUCUCUCUUUUAUUUUCAUGAUAGGCAGGUCCUGAUGAGCCCAUGCGCAACUGUAAAAUCUUUGUUGGCCGCUGCACAGAGGACAUAACCACCGAUGAGCUCCGGCAGUUCUUCAUGCAGUAUGGCGAGGUCACCGACGUCUUCAUUCCCAAACCCUUCCGGGCGUUUGCCUUUGUCACGUUCUCAGACGACCAGGUAUGUUUUCUUAUGGCCGUUGCUCAACCUGUUGGGUGAAGACUUUUGACAUGGUGCGCAGAUUACAUUCUGGUUGGUUUGUGUGUUGAAUCAUCUCCUCCACCCGCCCCCGUCUCUCUAGGUUGCCUCAGCCCUGUGCGGAGAGGACCUGAUCAUCAAGGGCGUCAGCGUGCACAUCUCCAACGCCGAGCCUAAGCACAAUAAUAGUAGGCAAAUGAUGGAUCGUGGGGCUGGUGGGUUCGGGGGUCAGGGCUAUGGCGGUGGUCGUGGAGGGCUACCAAGCAGUGGCAGUAGCGGGGUGAAUUUUGGGGGCUUUAGCCUUAACCCAGCCAUGAUGGCUGCCGCUCUGCAAAGUAUGCUGGCUAACCAGCAGGGUCAGACCAAUGCGGCAGGCACCACCGCCGCCGGGCAGACCAGUGCCACCGGAGAUCAAAGCCAGGCCUAUGGUUCUAGCACCAGUUACAGCAGUCCCAGCUCAGCUAGUCUUGGGUGGGCUGCAGGCACUAACUCUGCCUCCAGCAGUGGGUUCAGCUCUGGCUUUGGCACCUCUAUGGAGUCAAAGUCAUCAGGUUGGGGAAUGUAGAGAGCUUUGAUUGAUAGUCUUUCUUAUUUCUAGAUUAAUCUGGUAAGUAUUUUGAGGGGCAAGAAAGAGUUAUAGUCAUAUCAUAUGUCCCUGCUAUUUAAAACUAUUGCCUUUUGUCGUUUUGUUAAAGAAGACAUUCAUUUUGUGUGUGUGUGGGUGACUAAUUCUGUAGGAAAUGAGUGCACAGAGUGGUUGAAGUGUAUAGUUUGUUAGUGGUAAACUGCUACACUACAUUUGUCGUUUUUUGUUUUUCUUGAGAAAAAGUUAUUUUGUAUAAGACAUCAGAUGAUGACUGCAUGCUAAGUAGAUAUUUCUGAGAUGCACAAGUAUCACGACACCGCCCCUCAACCACCUGUAUAUGGUUAAAUGGUCUUGAAUUGGGUUUGAUGUUUAAUCUCUGUAUGCAGUUGAUUGUAUCUUUUUUGUUUGCCGUUUUAUGGAAACGCCUUCAUGAAAAUCUCUUCAACAGUUAACCAACUGUUUUCGAAUUUCCCGGGAAGAAGCCCCUCGUUGGCAGCAAUGUUCGACUGAACUCAGUAUCGGUACCCCUCUUCCCAUGUGUAAAUGCUUUGCCAUCAAAAGACACAGCUUCACUCUGCAUAUACUGUGUUAGACGGUGGGUGUUGCCUUUUUUCUCCCCUUUUCAUGGAUAUACAAAUCUUGUCUGCUUUUUGUCUCGCUUUUGAGAACAUUGCGAUUGGUGGUGGCCAAAGAGUGAGACUGAGUGAGCGAACGGGAAAGAAAGCAAGUGUGAAGAGGACUGGUUGUGCGAUGCUAAAGGGCCAGAUGUCUGCGAGAGUUAAGAAUAACCUGUGGCUUUGUGCGAGUGUGAAAGGAAGAAGCAAGUACGAGUGUGUUCCAUAUGACCAUCAAAAGGACAUUUUAUUGCAUCUUGAGAUCCCCAAGGUCUCCUUUCUCUAAUAUUUCUAUCAUACUUAAUCUUAAACACAGUGGAAUGUUUAGCGCUAUGGAUAUUUGUAUCCUUUCUUGCUGUCUGAUUUGAUGUGAAUGGUGUGUGCUUUAUUUUCUCCUUGUUCCUACCCCUUUGUGUGAAAAUGUGACCUUUUUGUGAUUCUGUGUUGAGAGCACUGGGGGAGCUUGGAGGAGUGUGUGAAGGUGCAAGUGAACUUGUGUGUCUUAAGAGGGUGCAGUGGCGAGCGUUUGAGUCCCUAUUGAAAGUUUGUGUUGAAGUCUUUUUGAAUGCAUUUUAUAUGUUUUGUGAAUCAAAGGGAAUUCUCGAAUAAAAUAAAAUUUGACUAGGUA